UACUAGUUUUCUUGGAACUCUCUUUCUCUCUCUCUAGUUUUUUGUUCUCUCUCUAGAAGCCAGCGGAGCGAACAAAGCCACUCUCGAUAUAUGCUCUCGAAUGAGAACAAGAACAGGCUUAGUGCUGUCGAAGGCCGGGGAGAUCAUCUUCCGCGGGGUUUGUUUGAUCGGGAGGGGAGAUGCAGGGCGCUGUGAUCGGUGGUAAGGGGGGAGUUGGGGUGGGGUUUGAACUUCGGAGUCGUGCGAGGGUGUUGGGUGGGUUUGGGAAGACGGAGGGGGUUUUGAUGGCCGAGCGGAGAUCGUGGUGUGGAGGAUCGGUGAGGAGAUCGUUGGGUCUUGGAGUGGAGAUGGUCCGUUUGACGGCGGUGGAGAGUGUGUUUAGGCCGAGGAGGAAAGUUGGGAUUGUCAGAGCUGAGGCUUCUGGUGAUGUGGAAAGUGUUCAUCCUGCAAGACAUCAAACAAAAUCUUCUGGGACGGUCUUCCCUUAUGUUGGUGUUGCUUGUUUGGGAGCCAUUUUAUUUGGGUAUCAUCUUGGAGUCGUAAAUGGGGCACUUGAAUAUCUUUCUCGGGACCUUGGAAUUGCUGAAAAUACUGUGCUACAAGGAUGGGUUGUUAGCUCUUCUCUUGCUGGUGCUACAGUAGGUUCUUUUACUGGAGGAGCAUUGGCUGAUAAAUUUGGUCGAACAAAAACAUUCAUGCUGGAUGCUAUCCCUCUUGCAGUUGGUGCAUUUCUCAGUGCUACUGCUCAGAAUGUACAGUCAAUGAUGAUUGGCCGCUUACUUGCUGGAAUUGGAAUUGGAAUUUCUUCUGCUGUUGUGCCGCUUUAUAUAUCUGAGAUAUCUCCAACUGAAAUUCGUGGAGCAUUAGGAUCUAUCAACCAGCUUUUCAUUUGCAUAGGGAUACUGGCGGCUUUGGUGGCUGGAUUACCAUUGGCAGGAAAUCCUAUAUGGUGGAGGUCAAUGUUUGGUAUUGCAGUGAUUCCAUCUGUUCUGCUGGCCUUGGGAAUGGCUAUUUCUCCUGAAAGUCCCCGUUGGCUCUUUCAGCAAGGGAAACUCACACAAGCUGAAGCAUCACUAAGGACAUUAUAUGGGAAAGAAAGGGUUGCUGAAGCCAUGCAGGGUUUGCAAGCAGGUAUCCAAGGUUCCACUGAGCAAGAUGCUGGUUGGUUUGAUCUGUUCAGCAAACGCUAUGGGAAAGUUGUAAGCGUGGGAGCGGCACUGUUCUUAUUUCAACAAUUGGCUGGAAUAAAUGCUGUUGUGUACUAUUCUACUUCUGUGUUCCGCAGUGCGGGAAUUGCCUCUGAUGUUGCAGCAAGUGCUUUUGUUGGGGCAGCCAACGUUUUUGGCACUGCUAUUGCCUCUUCACUGAUGGACAAGCAAGGAAGGAAAAGCCUUCUAAUCACCAGCUUUGCUGGAAUGGCGGCGUCAAUGUUGCUUCUCUCUCUGUCCUUCACAUGGAAGGUUCUGGCACCUUAUUCAGGAAAUCUUGCAGUUAUUGGCACUGUCCUCUAUGUCUUGUCAUUUUCAUUAGGUGCUGGGCCUGUGCCUGCUCUUCUGCUUCCUGAGAUUUUUGCCUCCAGAAUCAGAGCAAAGGCAGUUGCUCUCUCUCUUGGCAUGCACUGGGUGUCCAAUUUUGUGAUUGGUCUCUACUUCUUGAGUGUGGUAAACAAGUUUGGGAUCAGCAAAGUGUACCUAGGAUUCGCCACAGUGUGCUUUCUUGCAGUUCUCUACAUAGCUGGCAAUGUCGUGGAGACCAAAGGUAGAUCAUUGGAGGAAAUUGAGCGCGCUCUUAACGUUGAUGUUUGAUUCUUUCAGUAAGCAAGUUCUUCCGGAGGGUGUGUUUAUGGUCUUUCUGAUAAUAAUGAGUUAUUUGCUACUAAAUAAAAUGUAGUCCAUGUUGAUGGCAUAAUAGUCUACAGCAGACAGCGAGUCAUUAGUCUUUUAGUUUGUUCUUCCUUGAGGCAGAGAGUUUAAGGGGCUGUUUCGUAGGACAUCAUUCUCAGGACAUGGUUUGUUUGUGGAUAGGGGGACGUACUGUGGUAUUGGGUCGCUGACAUUUGGAUGUGUAAAUGAUCGUUUUUUUUACUUUAUAAAUAUUCAUGAGGUAUUUAUAAAAAAAAAAGAAGGGAAAGAAAAUUUUUAAUGUUCA